CCUUCACAUCAAUUCUUAUCGGGCCAGUCUGGUCCGGGACUCUCAUCCGGGUAGUCGUCCGAGGAGGAGACCCGAUCCGAGAAAAGGAAGGCAGACAACAACGUGUGCAGGUGCAGGGAUUUUUGUCCCAAUGGCAUUGUUACCAUCCGGUAAUGAGACGACCCCGACGACACACUGGAUAAUUCAUAAGACGGGCAUAAAACCAACUCCGCUACAAGAAUUGCAUCCACUUCUAUUCCCACCUGUUCUCAACCGAAUAUUUGGACACUUAUCAUUUUGGCAUCAAAAGAAAUGCAGAUCCGUCUGCAAAACUUGGGAAGCCGAAUUGCAGCACUUUCUCCGUCUCACGUGCAAAGUAAACCUGUCCAAGUUGGCUACCUUCAUUUCCGACGAAGAGGAAAAAUAUAAGGGCCGACACAAUCAUCACGAAGAAGCUGAAAAUCAAGACUGUACGACAACUGUACCUAUUCCACUAUCACUGCCAAGAAUAAGUAAAAUAUGUACAAGUUUCAUAAUCGAGGGGGAGGACCCUUCCCUUCUAAUCCGGGUUCUAAUCCACCUCGGCCUUCUCCCUGCACUGCCACAAAUCAAAUACUUGGAGAUCAAAAACUUCACUUGGAGCUUGACCCACGUGACAAAACUGGUACGAGAACUGCCCCUCUUGGAAGAGCUUAGACUCCCUGUGAUGUGUUCAUCUUUAAACUCGUCACCAAUUUCGACACCCCAUCGUCACCACCACACGAACAAGUACAUUUCAAAGUCUGCCUGCAUAACGAAGAAUUGGAAACGGAGGGAUUUUCUGGGGGACGACGACGCGGAGGAGGAAUUCGUCAAACUGAAACGAAUCAUUGUUACCUUGUCGGUCAGAGACUUGCAAUCUUUCGAAUAUGCAAAGUCCGCCUUUCUGCAGGUCGAACCCCUCUUAAAACUCGUCCAGCUGACGCCCAACCUUGAAGAGAUUUACUACCCAAACAUCGUCCAAUUCACGUCCCCCGUCCACAAUCCGGCCAGACUUUUGUUAGAAAGCAUCAUCACUAGCGACACCCCCUUUUCCAAGCUGGCCGUCCUAAAAAUCGACACAUUUCUGACCAACACCGACCUCAGGAUACUCACUGCCAAGCGCCUCCCCUUUAGCAGCCUGCAACUCACUGUCACUCCAGAAAUUGGAUGUACAAAUCUUUACAACUUUUUUAAAUGUUGUGAAAACACGUUGAAAUCGGUCGUCCUCACGUUUCGGGAUGGGUUUCGAUUAACAAGCAGGUUCCCCACGUUGUCACGACUGGACACGAUGGCCCUCAUUUUGUGGAAGGGACGACUCGACUUUGCCCAGGAUAUUGAGAAACUGAAAAUUUUAAUUGUCGUUCUGAUGGAAAUGGAGGAAGAUGAGGGUUUGAAAGGUCACGAUUUUGCAAAACUGUCAAAAAUUGAAGAGUUGGAGAUUCAUGCGAAUCAGGAGAGCAAAGUGGAAAUGGUGACCUCUCUGGUGGCCAUGAUGCCAAGGAAUAGUUUGCGAAAAUUGACGCUCGACUGGGUCAACGAUUUCUUGCUGGAGUACAUCUACUCGUCACUGCCGAACCUCGAGGAGCUGGCCAUCCUGUAUGGUGGAUUUACCGAGAGGGGGAUUAUUGCCCGAGUACCACUAAUUUCCAUGAAGGAAGACGAACUAUUCUGUGAUAAGGAGAUUUCAACGCAAAAACGACGCCGUGACAUCACUGAUCUCAAAAGUUUGAAGUAUUUACUGUUGACGGGAGACUUGACGGAUGACCUGAUUUGUCACGGAGUGUGCCAAUGUUCCGCCUUGCAAAGGUUGGAACUCGUUUCACGCAGCAGUUCGAAAGUGAGCGACACUUCUAUCAAGACGAUUGCCAACGUCAAAGGAAACACGCUCGAGUUUUUAGGACUCAAAAAUUUUCUACAAUUUACGAGUCCCGAGAUGGUAGAUUAUCUUCGGGGGAAGUUUAAUGGGAGGGAAGUGCAUAUCAGUUAGGCUAUCUUAUCAUUAUGUAUGUAGAUAGAUAAAGGUUGACAUAUCUGCUAUGUAAAAAAAAUUUCCCGAUUGUAAAUCUAAUUUACAUCUUUUACUAAUCUGAACCUAGUUAUUUAUCAUGUUUGGCAUUAAGAUUGAAAUAAAUGAGAUUGUAUUGUAUACAAUUUUGCAGUAUUGGA